AUGACAACUCGCGGCCGAAAAGUAGCGAACGGCGAGCCCUCACUGGACCCAUCUUCGUCCACUUCUGCUCUGAAUGGUGCGAAUGGCGAAACAAAGCUAGUCGUUGACGGCGUUCUUGCGACCGCGCUUGCGCCCUCCCUCGAGCACAGAGAGGAGGUCAAGUCCCUUUCGCUGCCUGUUCCGUCUAAACUUCUAUCUCUGGGUGGUGCGGGGCGCUCUCCUUUUCUCUCGCGCCCCGACCUCUUCAAGCAAAUUUACACGCAUACGGACGUCCGACUAGCACUUGGUUGGGCCAGUGUCUUUGUCGCAGCAGGGACGGCGCUGUACGGUUAUAAAAUUGCCUUUGAACGAAGCAAACCUGUCGUGUGGGCAGGCCUGAUACUCUAUGUUCUGUUAACAACAAUUCAAACACUCUAUGCGUACUUUGUCGAAGGCGACAUUGUAUUCGUAGGCAAACGCAAGACCUUUGACAAGCGUAUUGUAACAGAACGGAUAACACUCACAUCCACAACUACACCAUCUACUCCGUCGUCACCACCGGCAUACGCGCUCGGACUGACCUAUGUUCGUUCUACGUCAGGAGGAAAGUCGCUGCUUGGCCGAGGGCGCUCAAAGGGUGAGCGGGGAUACAAUACAUUCUUCGACGAACAGGGCGUCAUGGAUCAAGACGGAUUCGAACGUUGGGUCGGGGAGAUGGUGGGGCGAGUAAUGGAAAGUAAAACAGAGUAG